GUAUAAACAAUAGCGUAAAGCUGUCAGAUGAGUGCCAUUUCGUUCUGAGGAGAAAUACUCGAAAAUUAUUCCUCGGGAAGUUUAUUUGAGAAGUGUUAAAUACAAUCUUUAGAAUCUGUGUGUUUUCGAUUUUGAUACCGUGGCUGUGACGAACAAUGCGCCUGGCGGUUCUUCUAAACACGAUAAUCGUUUUUUCGCUCUCUAUGCAAUCGGUGAAACUCUGGCACGUUAAAACGACACAAAUAUCACCCGUUAUUUUAAUUCCAGGUGAUGGCGGUAGUCAGAUCGAAGCAAAGAUUAACAAGACAUCAGUGGUGCAUUAUAUCUGCGAGAGAGUAUCCAACGAUUAUUUUAGCCUAUGGCUGAAUAUGGAACUACUCGUACCCGUUGUGAUUGAUUGCUUUAUUGAUAACUUAAAGCUUAAUUACGACAAUGUGACAAGGAGUACAAGCAAUCAGCCUGGAGUGGAUAUAAGGAUACCAGGCUGGGGCAAUCCACUUGUAGUUGAGUAUAUAGACCCCAGUAAAGCCUCACCAGGCUCAUAUUUCAGUGAUAUUGGAAAUAUGUUGGUGAACAAUAUGGGAUAUGUCAGGAAUGUAUCGUUGCGCGGUGCGCCUUAUGAUUUCAGAAAAGGACCUACCGAAAGUGAAGAAUUCUUUGCCAAGUUGAAAAACCUGGUUGAGGAAACAUAUGCAAUAAAUAAUAAUACACCAGUAACACUAUUGGCUCACAGCAUGGGUGGACCUAUGACUCUUAUAAUGUUACAACGUCAGAGUCAGAAAUGGAAGGCUAAAUACAUAAAUUCCUUCAUCACUCUUAGCGCUGUAUGGGCAGGAUCUGUCAAAGCUAUCAAAGUAUUUGCCAUUGGUAAGCAUUCCAGUUUUAUGCAUACAGUUGUUUGUAUAAUCAUCAAUAAUUAAUCAUUAAUAUUAAUAAAUACAUUAUAGUUUUAUUAGAUAUAUC